AUGAAUGUCGAGCGGUACGAAAAGCAGGGCCGUGUAGGUGGCGGAUCGUAUGGGGAGGUGUAUCGUGCCGUGGAUCGCUGGACGGGCUCCGUAGUAGCCAUCAAGGUGGUCAAUUUAGAGCUGUCCAACGAGGAACUUCUUUCGAUCCAGAAAGAGAUUAGCGUGCUGCGUCAGGUCCGCAGUCCCUUUGUUACCUCAUAUCAUGACAGUUUCUUGCAUGGAUCUCAGCUUUGGAUUAUCAUGGAAUAUUGCGAGGGUGGCAGCUGCGCCGAUCUUUUGCGAACAGAGCGACUAACAGAGGCUCAUAUGGCUGUCAUUUUGCGUGACGUACUACAAGCCUUGGUGUACUUGCACGCCGAAAACAAAAUCCACCGUGAUAUCAAAGCGGCCAAUGUGCUUCUCUGCAAAGACGGGAGCGUCCGUCUCGCUGAUUUUGGCGUUGCCGGGCAGCUUCAUGUUCAAUGCAAGCGUGAUAGGGCUUUUGUUGGAACGCCGUACUGGAUGAGUCCCGAAGUAAUCAAGCAAAGUGGAUACAAUACCAAGGCUGAUAUCUGGAGUGUCGGUAUCUUGGCAUAUGAGCUCGCGAUGGGGGAACCACCGUAUGCUGAUUUGCAUCCUAUGAAGGUCCUGCAUUUGAUUCCUCGCAAUCCCCCACCGCAACUCCCUUCCUCCUACUCGCCUGCUUUUCGUGACUUUGUAGCGCAAUGCCUUACACGUGAUCCACUACGCAGACCUUCUGCAUCUGAGCUGUUGAAGCACAAGUUCUUCAAGCAUGCUGGGUCCACGUCGCUGCUCGCGGCCGUGUUGGCUACACGCUCGUUUGCCAAGACACGCCCGCCCAAAAAACGGCCUGCCGAUGUGACCACGGCGGAGGCGCCAUGGUGGGAUUUUGGCUCGCUACGUACGACGCCUGUCGAGGCGCCCGUAUCGGACCCGCUGGGCACCACAAUUACGCCCCGCGUAUGGCGCCAGAAUUCUAGUGUCCCCUCUAACGAUGCGACCAUCGUGCAGCUCCCUGGGCCUUGA